CCAACUAUCAGUGCCAGUCAGUGUCUCCUAUCAGUGCCGCCAAUCAGUGCCGCCAAUCAGUGCCAGUCAGUGACACCUAUCAGUGCCCAUGAGUGCUGCCCAUCAGUACCCCUCAGUGCCUUCCAAUCAGUGCCAUCUAUCAGUGCUAGUCAGUACUACCUAUCAGUGCCAUAUAUGAGUGCUGCCUUUCAGUGCCCAUCAGUGAUGCCUGCAAUGUCAAUCAGUGUCACCUAUCAGUGCCUCCUCAUCAGUGCCGCCUAUCAGUGCCCAUCAUUGCAGCCUAUCAGUGCCCAUCACUGCAGCCUAUCA